AUGUCCGAACCAACAGCAGCACAGCUCAAGGACGAGGGUAACGAGCUAUUCAAGAAGCAAGACUACGUCGGGGCGAUAAUAAAGUACACCGAAGCUAUCGCUUUGGACGAUAAGAACGCUGUUCUGUAUGCGAAUCGCGCUGCUUGUAAUCAUGCUCUGAACAAAUAUCUGGAUGCUGUAGAUGAUGCGCACAGGGCUACAGAGAUUGAUCCGAGCUAUGCAAAAGGGUGGUCACGACUGGCAGCAUCGAGAGACGCGCUUGCAGACUGGGGGAGAAGCGCCCAUGCUUGGCAGAAAGCACUGGAUGCACUGCCUAAAACUAAGCUCAGCCCUGCAGAGCGACAACAGAAAGACCAGUAUACUGCUUGUCUGAAAGCAGCGAAUGCGCGUUCAAAUCAGCCUAUCGUCCCUUUUUCAAUAAAUGAAAAACUGGGCAAGUUUCCUUGGCAGGUUGCGACGGAUAUGCUUCCUGAGCUCCGGAGAGCGGGUCAGGAAAAAGCGUCUAGCAGUGCUUGGGUCAUCGCACUUGCAUAUGAGGAAUUCAACGAGGGAGUAGAAAUGAUGAAGGGGAUGAAAAUAACUCCUCAGCCUGGAACGCCAGAUGGCUUUGUGCACCACGGAAACCUAGAGGGGUUGACGCUCUUGAGCAAUGGUUUCAUGCGUGACGAUCGCGUCUUUCAUAUCAAUCAACCUAAGUGGAUUGAUAUGUAUAAUCAACAAGGUGAUCUUAUUCUAGCAUCGCUUAUUGAAAUUAUGCUGACCAAGGUACAGUCUUUUUCGAAGUUACGGCUCGCAAGGCUUGGGAUUCUGAAGGACUCGAGACCGUCAAGGAACUUGCAGCAGAAACGCUUGAAGGAGAAUGGCUGGGAUGAUGUACGCCCCGCAUUGGCCGUGACUGUUCGUGGAUGGAUAAUGAGAGCUGCACUCGACGGCGGUUUAAGACAACAACCCCAAGCUGGUGUCGAGUAUUACAGACGAGCUCUCGACUUGGUCGAAUGGGGAAGAACCAUUUGGAAGGAUGUUCCCAAGUCCGACAGGGGAGUGGUUUUCGAGCAUUCGUUCUUGAUAGGUGUCCGUAGUUUGUACCUCAAGAUGUUCAUGAACGCUUACACAGACGACCCUGGUUUGAACUCCAAGUUCCCUCUUGAACAGCUGAAGGAAGAAGCUGAGGACCUUAUCAAAGAGACCGACAUAGCCGUACAGACACGCGAUAACAGUGAGCCGGUUGAUCCCGGCUUCAUAUCAUCGUUUAUCGUUUACCCCCGUGGACUUGCUCAUGCGCUGCUCGGAUUCUAUCACGUGCAAUCGGCCCGAUACUCCAGUGAUCCUGUGGAAAGGAUGUUUAGCUUUGUGAAAGCGGCAGGGGAGUACACGAGGGCAUCCAGCAAAUACGCCGAGGAUGACGAAUCACGUGCAUGGUACUUCAAUUGCACGCUGGAUUGCCUGCGAAGUGCCGGUGCCCCUGUUGACAACUUCCUGAUGGUGGCUUUCGGUUUACGGGAAACUAUGCCUAAGAUGCAGAAAAUAUGGGCGAUUUCUGAGCUGGCAUUGAGUGGCAGAGAUCAGAAAAUACAAGAGAAUUUGGAUAGGGCGGAUGAAUUCAUGAAGCGUGUCACUGACAAGACGUUGACACUCGAAGAUCCUAUACCUUUGUGA